UGCCUUUGUGUUUCUUGUGUGCAGACGCGUUUUACCCAGAGCUCCUCGUACCGCCGCGCAAAUUUCUAUAUUUCGCAUUAUUCCCGCUAACUUGAAAAGUACUAAAGUGUUUUGUGUAAAAAAUAAGUUUCGCCGCACUUAGCAGAAAGCCGAUCGCUUGUAAAGUCAGAUCAAACCGCCGACUACGACGACGAAGACGAACGAUAAAAGGUCACAAAUGCAGCAAACAACAGUUAAUCGCAAGAAAUGGCUGUUGGCUGUGCUCCGAAUCAUCAGUAUAAAUCCAAUGGUCGCCAAGAAAUAACACUAACAAAACUUCUGUGAAUGCACACACUCACACAUAAACAGUCACACACACAUAUAUAUACAUACACAAGAAAGCGCAAGGACGCACAAUCAAUCCACAAUCCGCAACCCACAGACGCACAAACACAUACUUACAACACAGUAGUACCACAAAAAGAAAAACUUCCACAAAUCAUUCAACAUACUUCAGAGAUAUAAAGGAUAUAAACGCUUUUAUUUUCAACAAGUAAAGGAGCAACAACAACAAAAAUGUUUAGCUUCCAUAAACCACGCGUUUACCGCUCCACCGACGGCUGUUGCAUCUGCCGCGCCAAGUCGAGCAGCUCCCGCUUCACGGCCUCCCGCAAGUACGAGAAGGAAUCGGUGCUGUGCUUCAAUCUGCAGGAGCCGCGCAAUGGCGAGAUCUGCAACGCGUGCGUGCUGCUGGUGAAGCGCUUCAAGCGUCUGCCCGCUGGCAGCAAGCGCCAUUGGGGUCAUGUGGUGGAUGCCCGAGCUGGUCCCGGCACCAAGUCCAUGGCCAAGCAGAAGAAGCGCGAGAACGCAGAGAACGCCGGCGAAGGAGGAGGAGGAGGUGGCGGCUCCAGCGGCAGCUCCUUCAUACCCGAGAAGUUUGCAAAGAUCUUUAAGAAGAAUCGAAAGGGCAAGAUAACGGCCGUUCAAGGAGCCGUGCCAACUGAGCCAGUAGCCAGAAACCAUCCACGUCCCAGCAGUUCUUCGCCCAUGUCUCAGCACCAGCAGAGCGACUCGAACGAGAGCAACGACGAUGAGCAAUUACCAGUGGCCACCUUGACUACGGGUGGUGGAGGGGUUCCAGCAAUUAUGGCGGCACCCUAUCAGACCAGAAAGCGCACGGCUGCCGCCUCCCAGGCAGCCCUCGCCGAGCAGGGCCAAAACAGCAAGCGACCGAAGCUCACUGGCAGCAAGCGACGCUGCCAACUGGCGCCCAAAAAGCAUCGACGCGCCGUCGACAAUGUGCCCUUCUUCGAGGAGAGCGAUCUGAUACGUUUGGAGGUCUGUUGCGGCACAGUCUUCCAGAGUCUGACUCUGGGCAUGUGCUGCUACAUAAUCGAUCCGAUGCUGUACAAGCCAUGCGAGAAGCAUCAGCGACUCAGGCGUCAGCAGGCGGAGAUGGCAGCCGCCGCCGCCAGCGUUGCCAAGCCAGCAGUUGCGAUUGAAGCUCCAUCUCAAACUCAAACUCAGAAGCAAGGAAAUAUUGUAGCAAAUCCAAUGCAAGCUAUGAAGAAGCAUCAUCUGUUCUUUAAGCGUCAGUUGGAGUCGUUUCCACAGGGCGAUAUCCAUAGAAUAAGUCCCAUUCCAUUGAACAAGACUGAUGCCACGGCUAUGGCUCUGCCUCUGUCACAUUCCAACACGGCCAUGGCCACCGCGAGCCUGCAUCCGGGUAUGACCACUACAUCCAUGGGCGCAGCUUCACCCUCGUCGCUAUCUUCGUCGUCCAACUGCUCGACCUCGUCGUCGGUGGCCACCAAAUUCAACGACAACUCUUCGGACUCUGGCUUCGAUGAGCAUGUCCUCGAGCGCAAAUCGAGCGUCAGUCCGCCCACGGAUGAGCUGAAGCAGCGCGCAACCACAGCCGUGGCCGGUGGAAUGCAGCUGAUUCUGGCCAGCGGCCUGCCCAUAACUGGCCAGACGCAGAAUCUAGUGCUGGCCGGCAAUGAAUUCACCGCCAGAAUUGUCCAGCAGCGUCAGCAGUCGCCCGAGGUGUCAGUCGCCGCUGGAGAGAAAGUUGUCGUCGCUGGAACUGCACUGAAAAUCAAUGUCGUUAGCGGAUCUCAGGGGAAUAGUAAUAAGAUUCGUGCAAUAUUCAAUAAUGCCAACACCAUACAGCAUGAGAACGGGGUGACCACCAUACUGCCGGCCUCCUCUUUGGCUGCCAGCAAUCAGACGGCAGCCAUGAAUGCCAUAGCCCCCAGCACGGUGACCAUAACGCCGGCCAAAAAGGGUGCCACCGUGGCCACUGUGGCCAAUCCCAAGUUUAUACUCGUUAAGCCGGCUAAAUUUGUUGGUCAGGCAGUGGUCGCCACCAGUCCACCUCCACGUUCCGCCGAUGCAAAGAUCUAAAAGAGAGAGAGAGAGAGAGAGAAUGUGAUGGAGGAGGCAGCGCAGGGAUUGCGGUGAUGGGACUUGGUGGUUUUGCAACUUUUUUUUUUUUUUCAUUUUUUACAUAUCGUAAGAAACGGCGAGAAGAUUUGCAUUUAUAUAUUUAUUAUUGAGAGAUUGAGAGACGCCACAGCACAUCAUUUGUACAUAUGCCGCAUUCGGUGGGGCUUUGAGGAAGCAUCCAUGACAUAUUUUCAUGCAGAUGAACAACGAUGAAUGGAUGCUGAAUAGGGUUUUUUUUUACAUUGUUUUAAAUAUGAUUUAUCAACUUUUUACGAUGGCAAACUAAUUGUAGAGAAUACUCAGCUAAUCGGCCAGCCCCUCACACCCUGGAAAUAUAUGCAAAAACCUUAAAUUAGUAUUUAGUUUAAGUAAAUAAGAUUUUAGGACCUCUCUCAGAUUUUGUAUUUUUUCCUAACAAUUUUUUGUCUUAUUUGAUACGGAGCCGCCUCGCCUGUACUACACAGCGCAAUGUAGUCAUCUCGCUUGCUCCUCCAAAGCCAGGUGCAGGCUGAAUACCGUUAUGUAGGCCGUAGGUGUUUGCUGUCCCGUUUUGGACAGUGGCGUACCUUGGAGAAAAACGUGUUUCUCAUGUUUGUUUCCCUGCUGCAAUCAUUUUUUGGAGAAGACGUAAAGCAUUUAAUAUAGAUAUAAAUAUAUUUAGAUGUAGACAUAUAUUCUUAGUAGUUCUGAUGUGUAUGUAGUAGUGCAGUGCCCUAGUAGUAUGUAGUCGAGAGAGAUAGAUAUAUAGAGAGAGAUGAAAAGGGAUCCCCGAUCCUCAAUCGAGAGAGAAAGCAAUCACACCCCUCACCCCCCACUCACAAAUGUAGCCUUAGGAAUGAGCCUCGAAAUAACGAAAUACAAAAACAA